AUGGACUCGAGAGACCCGACGUUCCUGGCAAGCAUGACACCUCCAGAUCCGCCCUCGCAAUUGCAGCAAUCUGCAGUCAGGGGAGGGCGAUUAGUCUGGCACAUGCAGACUCCUUUUGUCGGGGCUCUGGCCUACUUCACAAUGACCAGCCCCGCGAUCCGGGCGCGUCUACCCAGGUUUAUCAGGCCCCUCUUACCCAGAACCCUAACCAAGAGACAAAUUCUAGGCUGUAUCUUGGUGUCAUCGGCCCCUAUUGUCUACUGGGACCACUGGUUCUACACCCGUGCCGAGCGUGCUGUUGCCGAGAGGGCCGCGUGGGAAUCGGCGCAGAGGGCGAGACGAUCUGGCGCUGCGGGCGGCCCAGGAGCAUGGACGUCGGAGGGCCCAAAAAAUGAUUCCUCAGAAGGCGAUAUGGACGACCCUUGGGCCUGA